AUGAUACCAAAAGAGAACACUCCUGUUUCCCCACCAGGUUCAAUCCACCACCUAGACGUUUACGAAAUCAACGCGACCUUUGAAGCAGACCUACCGAUUCCUCUUACAAGUUGCGACGGUGCUCAAGGGCCUGGAAAACUCCAACCCCCUUUUCACCUAAAUGCGAAGUUCCAAUGCCCACAAGCUUGGAGCCAACAACGGAAGCUACUUUCGCUCUUUUUGUUAUGCACAACCACCGCGUUCGCGUCUGUUGCAGCUAGUUCUUAUGCCCCUGCGAAAGAAGCAAUGGCUACCGAGUGGGGAGUGAGUCAGCUAGCUGUGCUCGUUGGUAUCACGACCUUCACAAUUGGCUUCGCCCUUACGCCCAUGCUCCUGGCGCCCAUAUCGGAGGUUUGGGGGCGGAAGAUGGUGUUUACCGCCACGGGCACUUUGUUUGUCAUUUGCCAGAUUUGCAGCGCCGUCACUAGGUCUUACCCGGGCAUGCUGGUCGCUCGCUUUUUUGCGGGAGUGGGCAGCUCUACCUAUUCAAGUAUGAUCGGCGGCACGAUCUCAGAUAUAUACGGGUCCCAUGAGCGCAAUACUCCGAUGGCAAUAUUCUCUGGCGGUGCCCUAUUCGGCACUGGGCUCGGUCCCUUGAUCUGCGGUUUCAUCGUCCAGUAUUUGAACUGGAGAUGGGUGUUCUGGGUACAGGUUAUAGUCAACGCUCUUACGACGUUGGCAUUUGUCUUUUUUCUGCCGGAAACGCGUCAGAAUGUCGUGCUUCGACGGAAGGCAGAGGCGUUAAAUCAUUGGUACAGUCAGCAUGCCGAUAACGUCUUGGGAUUUCAAGUAAAGGUUACGAAAGAGAAACAAACCAUCAUAUCUCGGCAAGUCAGGUGGAAGUGCCAAGAAGACCAGGAGCAAGGGCCACUCGGCAAAAUGAUCCUCUCUUCGGUAACACUGCCCUUUGUGCUCCUCUUCACAGAGCCAGUCGUUUUCUUCUUUUCUCUCUGGGCAGCCUUCAGUUGGUCGAUUCUAUAUCUUGGAUUCACCGCUGUUCCGCUUAUUUUCACCCAGGUCUACGGUUUUGAUCUUUCGUCCGCCAAUGCCGUUUUCGCAAGUUCCUGCGUGGCAUCCGUCAUCGCAAUCCCAACCAGUAUCUACCAGGAUCGUUGGCUUGACGGUGUUUCGAACCCACUGAUUCCGUUAGAUCGUCCUGAGCGGCGACUAUAUUUCAGUUGUGUCGAAAGCAUUCUAUUACCAAUCGGCCUUUUUGUUCUUGGUUGGACGGCCCGCGAGCAAGUCCACUGGAUUGUUCCAGCCAUUGGCCUCGGCAUCUCAACACUCGGCGUCUUCUCCAUUUAUCUGGCAGUUUUCAACUAUCUCGCGGAUAGCUACCGCAGCUACGCGAGUUCGGCCUUAGCAGCACAGUCAUUUUGCCGGAACUUCAUUGGCGGCAUUUUCCCGCUAGUGACACUGCAGAUGUACACGAAUCUCGGAUAUGGACCGGCAUCCAGCUUACUCGGCGGCAUUGGCCUGUUGCUGACCGCAGGCCCGUGGGUGCUGGUUAUAUUUGGAGAGGCAAUCCGAGCGAAGAGCCGAUUCGCUAGCAAGCUGAAUCAAUAG